UGUUGUUCUCCCUGUCCCGGUGUGCGAGGAGAUCGGUCUCCUCUCGGCGGGAGGAGUUGCAGUGUAGUUCGAUCAGAGCCGAUCCCCCACACGGGAUCAAUAAUUUGGACUCAACGCAGGUGAAAACGGGUACACAUUCGCUCCACGAGGUCCUCUAGCUGUCGAGGACAAGUUCCGCGAGCGCGCAUCUGAGGCACCAUGUCGUCUCUCUGCGCUCUCAUGCGCAAUCUGACUCUCUCGCGGGGGAUAAUCAAUCCUGGAUCGUGUUCUCUAUCCCCAAAAUCGCUCCUGGCGAUAAGGUCGGAUAUUCUCGCUGGCCAACAGAACCGCUCCAUGAAUAUGAGGGCUGCCCGGAGAAUCCGUGGCUAUCCAAGACCGCUGGUCUCGAAUAUCGUCCGACCCGAACCCAUGAAGUACGGUUAUCGACUCAUCAAGCCAGACGAAUAUACCACUGAUGCUUUAAGGAUCAAGAAACUCGCCGGGAGAGAUCCCGUCACGAAACGAGUUGUCGUCCGAACGAUUGGAGGAGGCGUUCAGAAGUACGCUUACUGGGUGGAUUUCAUGCGCGAUGGUCCUGAAGACGGUGUCUUCGAAGAAAAGGUUUAUAAAAUCGAGUAUGACGGAAUAAUGACGUGCAAAGUGGCCUUAGUGGCCAACGGCGAGAAGAAGCGUUGGAUCGUAGCGACCGAGGGAGUGGAGGUAGGAAGUAUCAUCUCGACGACCAGGCAUAUCCCUAAAAUCCCCGUACGCCCUCGUGAAGGAGACGCACAUCCGCUCGGAGCUCUGCCCGUAGCGACGCAGGUACACUGUGUAGAGAAAAUCCCAGGGAUGGGAGGUCAAUUGUGCCGCGCAGCUGGCGCGAGCGCUCAAAUCCUCCGGAAAGUUGAAGGCCGUGUAAUAAUACAGCUGCCGUCGAAACUGCACAUGUCUCUGUCGGAGAAAUGUUUGGGCGUAGUCGGUCAAGUUUCGAACGCCGAUCGGAACGAAACUUUCUACCCUAUCGGGAGCCCGAAUCGUCUCCGGAGGAUCGGAAAAAGACCGCGCACAGGGUUUUGGCAUCGAAAAGAUGGAUACUGUGGACGCAAGAUCAAACCGCCUCCCCCUCUCAAAGUUAUACCUUUGGCCAAGUCGCGAAAAGAUAGUGAAUUUAUUCUUUGAGGGCUCCUUGGGAGCCAUAUUGUAGAAUAAACGUUCCCAGAAAUCU